AUGGCGACAGCCUUCUGGGACCGCGAGAAGGCCUACAAAGAGUGGGAGGGAUUGCUCAAGCGUGCAACUACGCCUGAGGAAUCUGACAAGAUCGCCACAGCAAACCAGUUCAACUCGCCCCUACUUCGUCUACCUGGCGAAAUCCGCAAUCACAUCUACACCUACGUCUGCCAAUCCAUUACAGUCAAGCACGGGAAGCGCCCAGAAGUCUCCGAAAGGUCGUGUCUCUUCACCCAAACCUUCCUCCUCACCUGCAAACAGAUCUUCUGCGAGGCCAUCGCACUCUUGUAUACCCACGCCACGUUCGAGUUGUCUGGAUUUCGAGGGUGGGCAGCUCACGUGAGCCUCAACCCCAAAUAUCGCAACCUCAUUUCCUCGCUGUAUAUGGACGGUGGUUAUCUCACCACUGCGAUACGGAAGGCUUGGGAAUUCAAAGCUGGUAUAAGGGCUAAACCUGAUCUACCUGGGGUUGAGAGGGUCCUUUUGAAGCAACCCGUUAGGGCGACUGAUAUAUGCAUCGAUGCGCUACGAGGACUGUUUGGAAAGCCGAACCUACAGGUCACCGACGAGGAGAUCACAGAUCCAUAUUGGCUCCUGGUUAUGCAAAAGCGGGAAAUACGCAACAAGAUCUACGUGUACGCGGUUUCCCGCACUCAAGCCGUCUUCAACAACAGUCCUCGAGCCCGCAAGUCCACAGCCAUCAUAUCCACCUGUUCUCAGAUGCGCCAUGAAGCCCACGCCAUCUUCUUCGCGCAUGCGACAUUAGAUCUGAGGGCGCUCCUGUUCUCGGAGUUCCCAGAGAAUCUUCCACACGCGGACUACCAGCUCGUCACUUCCAUCCAUCUACGAUCGCAGCGGAUUACAAGGCUCCUACGGGAGGAUGAGCAUUUUGUAGCGGAACGACAGGGAGCUAAACUCUUCCCGGAACUGGAACGAGUAUAUGUCGCUGGUUGGAGUAAAUCGCGCAUGCCAAAGGAUAGUUUGGGGGUUGACGCGCUACGAACUUGGGCGGGAAAUGCGGACUUGCAAGUGGCCCACAGCUCAGCCUUCUAG